UUAGAGUUUGGUUUCUUGCUAAUUAGGGUUUCUGAUUUGCAUCUCCUUCACCAAUAUAUCCAUCAAAUUCAUCAUUCUCUUGAUCUCUCACGAUGACGGAUGGCUUCUGGAAUCGGCAGCAGGCGCUUCUCCCCUCUUCCGGCAUGCUCAAACGACCUCGUAUUGACUAUGAAAUCCAUAACAUAUCACCUAAGAAGCAUCGAUAUGUAGCUCAGCCCACUUUACCUGUGUCUGAUAUGUCCCCGUCUGGUCUGACUUCAGUUAAUGAGAUGCAUAAUUAUAUUGCUCGAGAUGAUGACCGUACCGGUCACCGAAUGCUAAAGGACACUAAAUCACUUGGGUCUGCUUAUGACCGUUACCUUCAGAGUGGGGGGAUUACUUCAUUUAAUUCUGGGGAAGCGAGUACAAUUGGUGGUGUUGGAUUGGCAAGGGGUGUUGGUGCAGGCCAUUCAUUAGCUGAUCCUGCUGUCAUUGGGCAUCCUGCUGGUGGUGGUCCUGAUCUUGCACGAAAUGGACAAAAUGUGAAUUAUGGUGGUCAGUUACCAGUAGAUGCAGUUUCCAGGCCCGGACCUGAGACAGUACCUUUACCCUCAGAUGCUUCAAGUACUUUAUAUGUUGAAGGUCUCCCAUCUGACAGCUCAAGAAGGGAAGUGGCUCAUAUUUUUCGCCCUUUUGUUGGAUAUAGAGAAGUGAGACUUGUGAGCAAAGAAUCCAAACAUCGUGGUGGAGAUCCUCUAAUCCUCUGUUUUGUGGAUUUUGCAAAUCCGGCUUGUGCAGCAACUGCUUUGAGUGCCUUGCAAGGUUAUCAAGUUGAUGAACUCCAUCCUGAGUCCAGUCACUUGCGGCUUCAGUUUUCUAGGUUUCCUGGUCCCAGAACUGGACCUGGACCUCGUGGCAAGAGGUGAGGUGGUUAACCUAGGGCAUUUAGGUUUUAUGUGUGUCGUAAUGUCUUACAGUCUUCCAUUAUCCCCAUCUUUCUGGGGCGAGAAUAUUUACGGGUCAAUGCUUUGCACAUGCAAAUUUGGUCUCUCCCUCCUGGCUACUAUCCUAGUUAAUGCUCUUGGGGCACAGACACUAUUAACAGGCUGAGGUAAGGCUACAGCUGCAUUUGAGCAAUUCUAACAUGAAGAUUUUGGAUGCUCAUUGCCGAGUACCUUGUUGUAUAAAUAUUGAUAUUUUGUAGUAUGAAACUGAUGUCUUAUUUACCAUAGCAUUUACUUUUUGUUGCUCAAAUGAAGGUAUCAUUCUAUUAAUUUUUUUGUUAUAAUUUUCGAUUAUAUCUGGCAUGUGCAUACUUUUAGGUCUGUGCCUGUGGAGCUAUUGUAAUCUAGUUUGUAACUGAGUCAGGGAACUCUGGUGAAAGUAGGCAUAUAUGGUAGGGAAUAGGGAUUGAAAUUGGAGUUAUUUUGGCUAAUGGGACAAGUUUAUUAUAUCU